AGAGAAAUGGAGGGAUGGUCACUUUUCUUUAUUUUUUUAAUGGAAUAAAUUUUUCUCCUGUCCAAAGUUAAAGAAAUAUCUUUCACAAACGGUCAGAGGGUUUAACUUGUUUGGAAUGUGUAACGUUUUCAGAUGUUUGUCUCCUUGUGCUCUUAUUCAUUGGGGACUCUCUCUGGCGCCCUCUAGUGUUCUGCGUCCUCCAGUGUUUUUGAGGUAAUAGGAGAAACAGGAAGUGACCAGAUUCCCAUAAACUGUCUCUGAUUGUGUGAGGAUUACACAGCUCAUUUGUAAUGUGUUUUUGAGCUGUAUUUUGAAUAAUUUGUACGUUUUUAUUUUUUUGUUUUUUUCAUCUUACUUUUGUCCAUAACUCGUGUUUUUCGUGCCUUCUGUAAACCUCUGUGUACUUUUUUUCAUGUGUCUUUUUGUGUAAAUACUUAUAUCAGGUCCCCACAAAGCCGUAAAAACAGUGGUUGUCGGACACACCCACCCCGCACAGGGCGUGUGGGUAAAGAUGGCAGCUUCCUGUGUUUGAGCUGGGCUGGUUUAGCUGACAGACUGAGCCGUAAGGCGGCCAAAUGCGGGUUUAAUCGCUCCUUUUCUGUGUGACACUCGGCGGCUUCUCUGCUCUGAUGGAUCCGGGCUCUAACGGCGAGUCUCCGGGCUCCAGACAGCCCAGCCUGGACUCGCUCUGCAGCUCGUCCACGUCUCGGUCAGAUCGGUCCCUGCAGACCAGAGGACAGUCCAUCUCCUCUGAGCAGACCUCCAACAGUGACCUUUCACCCCAGCUACGGAUUAAAGGAAAACCUGCCAAGCUGUUCAGAGACUCAGAGAAGGAUGAUAUUGAGCUGUUACCGAAGGAGGUUGUGCAGGAAGUGGGGAAGGAUGUGACGUACAUCUGUCCGUUUGUUGGGGCUCUGCGAGGGACGCUGACCGUCACCAACUUCAGGCUGUUCUUCAGGGGCGUCGGCAGGGACCCGGCGUUCGUGCUGGACCUGCCGCUGGGAGUCAUCAGCAGAGUGGAGAAGAUCAGCGGAGCGUCCAGCAGAGGAGACGUCUCCUACGUCCUCGUCUGCAAGGAUGUGAGGACUCUGCGGUUCGUCCAUAAACAGCCGGACGAUUCGUUACAGAAGUCGGUGUUUGAGGUGCUGACCAAGUUCGCCUUCCCCGUCUCCAACACCCUGUCCCUCUUUGCAUUUGAGUAUAAUCAGGUUUUUCCUGAGAACGGAUGGAAAGUGUACGACGCUCUGGCAGAGUAUAAGAGACAGGGUUUGCCCAAUGAGAGCUGGAGGAUAACUAAGGUCAACGAUCACUACGAGCUGUGCGACUCGUAUCCCGCUGCGCUAGUCGUUCCGGUAACCAUCACUGACGACGAACUGCGGCGAGUCGCCACCUUUAGGGCCAAAGGUCGCAUUCCAGUGUUGUCGUGGCUCCACCCGGAGAGUCAGGCGGCGGUGGUGAGGUGCAGUCAGCCGAUGAGCGGCGUUGGCGGUAAACGCUGUAAAGACGAUGAGAAGCUCCUGCAGGCCAUCAUGGACGCCAACGCUCAGUCGCACAAACUCUUCAUCUUCGACGCCAGACCCAGCGUCAACGCCGCGGCUAAUAAGAUGAAGGGCGGUGGGUGUGAAAGUGAAGACGCCUACCAGAACGCCGAGCUGGUGUUUCUGGACAUCCACAACAUCCACGUGAUGCGCGAGUCGCUGCGGAAACUGAAGGAGGUGGUUUACCCCAACAUCGAAGAAUCCCAUUGGCUGUCCAACCUGGAGUCCACUCACUGGCUGGAGCACAUCAAGCUGAUCCUGGCCGGUGCGCUGAGGAUAGCAGAUAAAGUGGAGUCCGGGAAGACAUCGGUUGUCGUCCACUGCAGCGACGGCUGGGACCGAACGGCCCAACUGACCUCGCUGAGCCUCAUCAUGCUGGACUCGCACUACAGAACCAUCUCGGGCUUCCAGAAGCUGAUCGAGAAGGAGUGGAUCAGCUUCGGACACAGAUUCCAGCAGAGAGUGGGUCACGGUGAUCAGAACCACACGGAUGCUGAUCGCUCUCCAAUCUUCCUGCAGUUCAUCGACUGCGUGUGGCAGAUGACUCAACAGUUCCCUGCAGCGUUUGAGUUUAACGAGUCGUUCCUCAUCACGGUGCUGGAUCAUCUGUACAGCUGUUUAUUUGGGACGUUUCUCUGUAACAGUGAGCAGCAGAGAGUCAAAGAGGAGCUGGCGAAGCGGACAGUUUCUCUCUGGUCAUUCGUGAACAGUCAGGUGGACGAGUUUAUUAACCCUCUGUACGUCCACUACCCCGCCCACGUCCUGCUGCCCUCUGUCUCCAUCAGACACCUUCAGCUGUGGGUCUCGUACUACAUCCGCUGGAACCCCCGCGUCAGGCCACAGCAGCCAGUACAUCAGCGCUAUAAAGAGCUGCUGGCCAAAAGGGCGGAGCUUCAGAAGAGGGUGGAGGAGCUCCAGCGGGAAGUAGCCAGUCGGGCCUCAGCAUCCUCUGAGAGGGCGGGGUCACCGACUCGCUCCAUCACUCCUGUACAAACCUUCGUCUGAUUGGAUAAGGGACUUAUGAAGCACAGCAGAGACGGACCUGAUUGGACAGAGCCUGUCUGUCCGUCUGUCUGUCCAUGUCUCUCUCUCUCUCUCUCUCUCUCUCUGUCUCUCUCUCUCUCUUUCUCUCUCUCUCUCUCUCUCUCUCUCUCUCUCUCUCUCUCUGAUCUCAGAUCAGCUGUAUUGAACACUCUGUUACUGAAGCUUUACUGAAGUAUGCUGACCUCUCAGCUGGGUGUAAUAACCUCUUUAUUACUACAUUAUUACUACACUAGUAUUAACACAGUUAUUAGGCCUUUAUGAUCAGUACUGUAUGUUUAUCUCAGUCUGCCCCUUUUUCCACUAAAGCACUGAGAGAAUCACGUGACCGCAGCAGUGUGGUCAUCUGAAUAUGAAUGUGUUAGAUUUGCAUAUUUAAAUGAGCAGUUUAUUUGGUGUCUGUGUUAAACUAACGUGACUAAACUUUAAAAGGCGAAGUGCAGUUAAAUAAACACGUCUAUAUUUUAUACUCUACACUUCAUAACCUUUCCAAGCUUUUUAUAUACUUGAAGCCAAUCAGAAGGCAGAACAUUAACAUGUUAAUCACCUUAGCAGUCUCAUUACCAUACUCCUGAUAUGCUCCGCCUCUCUGCUUCUGACGCAUGAUUGACAGCUGUUGAACAGACCCGCCGGUCCUGAUCCAAAGAUGUGCGCAUGACCGAUUCUUGCUGCAGUGACUCUGGCCAGCGGGACUUACAGUGCUAUGCAAUGCAUCGUGGGUAAUGUAGUUCUGCAGUAGUGUUGUUGGUUUAGGAGCAGUAAGGAGGCAGCAGAGCGCCCCUUAGUGGGCGUAAGAGUGAUUACAUGUGAGAACACUGCGGAUGUGAAGGGCUCUGCACACUAACGAACGCUGACGUCUUAACAUUCCUCAAUAAACGAGUGGAGUGAUUGAA